AGACAGCGAUGCUUCAUGGUUCCAUGCAGAUCAUUUGUGCUUGGAGUUAAACACAUCACGGCGUACACAGCAGAGUCUCGCCAAGCAGUACGAUAUCGUCACUGCCGCACGAUUGAGUGAAUUACACGUUGUUGAUAUUGAGGAUUGCUGUCGCUGGACCCGCGGGUGUGUGGUACCAUUCUAAGACGUGAUCAGCGUUGCUGGUACGACAACAGGAGCGGACCACCUGUAGCAGUACAGAUACAAUCCCGGUUAAAUCAUCAUGAACAGCUUCAGCAUCGUCGACUACGUGGUGUUCGGCGCCACCAUCCUCAUGUCACUUGGCAUCGGUUUGUAUUUUGCCCUGUCUGGUGGACGUCAGCGAUCUACAUCAGAGUUUCUGGUCGGAGGUCGGAACAUGCAGAUUAUCCCCGUCGCGUUGUCGCUCGUGGUGUCCUUUGAAUCAUCCAUCAUGGUCCUGGGUUAUCCAGCUGAAGUGUACGUGUAUGGCGCCCAGGUCUGGAUCACCUGCUUCAGUUCAUGUCUGACGGUGUUCAUUCUUACUGGUCUACUGGUUGUGCCUUUGAUGCAUCCACUCAAGAUAAUGUCUGUUAAUGAGUAUAUACAAAGGCGUUUCAAUUCCCGUGCAGUCCGCCUCUUUGGAACUUUCGUUGGUCUUUUAUACUACGUAUUCUACAUUGGAAUAGUAGUGUUUGGGACAGCCAUAGGUCUCGAAGAAGUGACUGAUAUACCUAAAGUGUGGUCAAUGUUCCUCGCCAUCUUUGCUGCCAUCAUUUAUACAGCAAUGGGUGGUAUCAAAGCAGUUGUAUGGACCGAUGUCUUCCAGUCGUUCAUUAUGACCCUCGGGAUCCUGGUCAUUAUCAUUAAGGGUACCUUAGAUGUCGGGGGAGUGGUGGAAGUGUGGUCUGCUGCAUCCAAAGGCGGAAGAUUUAACAUGUUAAACUUUGACCCUGACCCCACUGUGCGCCACACGUUCUGGGGGCUGUACUUUGGGUACCUGGCAAGAGGACUCAGUUUGUCAUUCAACCAAUCAACCGUACAGCGUAUAUGUUCAAUGAAGACGCAGAGGGGAGCACAGAAAGUUACCUUUCUCGCCGGUCCAAUCUACUGGCUGUCUUCUACACUCUCCAUGCUCAUCGGUAUCGAGGGCUAUUACGAUCAUCUGGGGCGCGAUCCGCUUGCUUCUGGUCAAAUCACCGACCCAACUCAGAUCCUUCCCUUUCUGACUGUGGACAUAUUCAAAGGUAUCCCUAGGAUGCUGGGACUGUUUGUGGCAGCUGUCUGUAGUGCCUCCCUGAGCACUAUUUCCUCUGGGCUGUCCAGUCUGUCGGCCACAACCUGGGAAGACAUCCUCAAGCAUCACCUGCCAAACCAUUCCGACUUCAAGGCAACACUUGUAGCUAAAGUAGCAGUGAUCAUCUACGGAGUGUUUUCCUUUGGGGUAGCCAUCCUAAUAUCAUUGGUCAGUGGAACAUUGUUGCAGAUAUCCGUAAGUGUCGUAGCGGCCUUUACCGGACCUCUGUGUGGAUUAUUCAUCAUGGCAGCAUUUUGUCCUUGGGCUAAUGCAAAGGGGGCAUUCACCGGUACACUCGUGGGUUCAAUAAUCAUGAUGUGGAUCUGCCUGGGUUCUGCGUUUUCCGAUGUUGUGAAGCCGACACCAUGGCUUCCUCCUGCAUCAACUUACCAAUGCAUGACUGCAACACCACCAGUGGCUUCGAACACGUCUACGUGGACGACGUUUACACCAUCUGUGCACAACACAUUAGUGGCCGAAACCUUCCGAGAGCCCACAUGGAUAGAGGAAAUCUACCGGCUCUCUUAUGUGUGGCUUGGACUUCUCGGCACUUGUUUGACUACACUCACUGGCUUCGCUGCCAGUUGGAUCACAGAGUGCAGUGAAUCUUGCUGGGCCUCGGCUGAUGACGCCAACAGAGGGAGGACAUGAACUACCGCUGUCGGUCAGAGGGUCGGAGGAGUUGUCUCCCUUACAACCAUGCAGCAGGGUCGAAACUAUAUGAUAUUUAAUCCGAUGGAUGGACGAACACUUCUCUCCGCGUUAAGACUCACUUAAAAAUAGACUUCCUGGUAUAGUUUGGAAAUUCAGUCGGAAAAGAACCAAUCUCUUGAACAUUCAAACCACCUAUCGAGCCUGAAGGCCGAGAAUGAAUUAAACAGCUCGUCUUGUUUCCACAAAUUUCAUGUCUUCUGGUUUUAUUUCUUACUCGCAUUUUCCCAACUGUGUCUUCCCAUUCUCAUGGAACUAUUGUUUGAAUCUGACCGUUACUGACCAUGUCAUUUGAAUCAGCUGUCUUCUCCCUGACAUAUUUGUUCCAGUUCGUUGU